AUGGCCGCCAUCGAAGCCGUCCAACAACGCAAAGGUCAUCCAAUCUACGGCGUGCGCGCGGGCUCAAUCAGGACGCUAAUAAAGCAAAGCAGAAACACGCCAGACGAGAGCCUGUGGGUGCGUCGCAGCGGUCGUGGGAGCAGACUGGCAGCUGACGUGGCUGCCAAUCUGCUCCCAUCUGCCCCAGGGCAACUGUGGUCAGCAUGGAAGUUUCUCUCCACCAACAAAGUGGAGUUGAUGUCAUCUCAAUUCGAGGUCCAGAGAGCAGCGCUGGAGCAGAUGGCAGUGAGACUGAACAGCCUGCAGUACCCCAGCCCCGCCAGCAGGAGGAGCUCUGCACAGACUAGGGCCAACAGUCUGCAGGAGCUGGAGGCGGAGUACCAGGAGCUCUCUGAUUGGCUGAUGGACAUGGAUGCCAUGGUAACGGACAGUCACCAACUGAUGAUGUCUGAGGAACAGAGACAUCACCUGUUCAAGAGUUCCCACACAGAGCUGCAGAUGAUGGAGGGCAGGAGGAGCUCUCUUCUGUCCAGACUCGAGUUCUUCAGACGCAGCGGGAAUGAACCCCCCCGAGACCUGAUCCAGAAAGUCCAAGAACUAAACCAGACCUGGGACCAGAUCAAGAAGCUCCUGUCGGUACACUCUGGCCCCGCCCCUGCGCACCUGUCCUCCUGCCCCUCUCUGCUCUCCGCUGCCCCCGCUGGCCCCUCAGGUCGCUGCAUCCUGUCUCCUCUUACCGAGUCGCUCCUGGAACAGCUCGAGUCACGAAUCAAAGAACUCAAGUCAUGGCUCAGAGACACAGAGCUGCUCAUCUUCAACUCCUGUCUGAGGAACAACAAGGAGCCAGAGGAGCAGCUCCAGAGCUUUAAGUCUCUGUGCUCUGACAUUCGGGCUCGGCGUCGCGGCGUGUCUUCCGUUCUCAAACUCUGUCAGAAGCUGCUGCAGCAAAAUCAGCUGAGCCCCACGGCGGAGCAGGAAAUGGGCUCCACGGCGGAGCUGAGCCCUGAGGCGCAGCAGCACCAGGAGGCCCUGCAGCUGCUGUCCAUUAACCUGGAGCGGCGCUGGGAGGCCAUCGUCAUGCAGGCGCUGCAGUGGCAGAACAGACUCAAGAGAGAGCUGGGUGAUGAACAGGUCCCUGGAAACUUCCUGGAGCCCGGAUUGGUCGACCUCCACCAGAUCACCUCGGCUCAAAAUGUGGGAACGUCUGGAAUUUUAACAGAUGACUCGUGGGAAUGGGACGAGACAGACAUGACCAUCUCCGAAUCCAACGAGGAAAUAAAAGGACCGGAUUUAACCCACGAUUUACCUGCUCAAAAUGGCUCAACUUUCAAUGCAAACCCACAAAAAACUGCAAAUUCUACCAAUGUUUAUCAAGUUUAUAACCUUCACGAUGUGGAGUUGUACAAACAGCCACAAUUCCCACUCGCAAAUUUGAAAAACAAACCUGGAAAGCAUAACUUGUUGACAAAAUCAUUGAGCAAAGAUUCUUCAUUUUCUUCUGUGGAAUCUUUACCGGAUAUUUUAGGAGGAAUUAUGAACCAAAAGCAGGACAAAUGGAACGGGAAAGUUAAGAAAGGUAUUGAACGUGGAAUAUCGGUGAACAGUCGUAGAUCGGAAAGUGAAAGUGGAAUUGACACCGGAGAUACAGAGACGGCAAACUCGGAAAUACAAGAUUUUGAGGAUAAAGUUGAUGAUGGAAAAAUGAAUGAAAGAUGGAAGUUGGAAAGGAAUACUGAGGAAGACAUUGAAAGUUUCAGUACGGAUUUUGAAAGAACGCAAGAUUUUUUGGGCAAGAAAAGUUACAUGCAAAAUCGGAAGCCUCGGAAAGGGGAAGCAGUUGAAAUUUUGAUAAACGGACGUGGAAUUUUAACUCCUGCUGAUUCUGAUUCCGAUUUAGAAUUUGAAUCGGCAAAACCAUUUCAGGAAUUAAACUUUGAGCAAAAAUCUGGCUUAGAAAAUCGGUUCAGCCCUGUUUUAUCACAUGGUUCGUCCCUUGAAUCGUUGCUAGCGAUGGGCGUGGAACUGUUCCCAAUGCAGCGUAGUGCUUCCUUUGACAACACAAAUCGUAACGUGGACACACAAAAUGAGGAAACUGUGGAAAAACAAGAUUUAAAUUUAGGAAAAGUUGUUGAAAAUUCAUCCGAGGAGCUAAGCAGACGCACACUAGAUUUGUUACAACGACUUGAAAACAUCCAGAGCCCGAUAGGAGGCAAGAUGACCCGUAGCGUUUCGGAUAUGGCUCUAAUUAGCAUGUCUCCGAACCGAAUUCCUGCUUCUCCGUCUCUUGGUGGGAAAAUCUCUCCAUUGUCUGGGAUUUCUUCCCAUUUAAGUCCACCAUCUUUGGUGCAGGAAAGCUCCACGACCACUUCUAUGAUUGAACUGAGCGGUAUUGACGAUUUGUCUCAAAAUUCAGACGAUUUCAAACACAAGUACUUCAUCCCCGCUAGUGCCGUGAAUGCUAACUACUGCAAAAAGCAUGGGAAUAGACUGGACGAAGUGGAUGGAGCUAGCUUAAGCAUGGUGGUCAAUGUAUCGUCAGCGUGCACAGAUGAUGAAGAUGAUAACAGUGACCUUCUGUCAUCGUCGACGCUAACGGAGGAGGAGCUAGGAGUGAGGGAUGAAAUGGAGGACAGAUUUAGUGCUACAUCGUCUGCUAAUGAGGAAGAAUUUGACUCACCAUUUGGGUUGGAUUACAUGCAAAAAGAGCUAAAAAACUGGAUCCAAACGCCAUUUUCCAAAUCGGAAAUCGGGCUGAAAGAUGAGCUACAAUGUGGAUCCAACCUCCACCGCAACGAAAACGUGGAGAAGGCAUUUUUAAAUUCGUCGAAGCUCAUUGGAAAUAAGAGAAACAAAAAUGCUGAGGAAGAAAACCGACGUAACGCGACCAGAAGCUACAUUAGCCAAUUCGUGGAUGAUGUUGAGAACGGGAACGUUGACCAAAGUUGUUUAAAAAGCAAAGAUGCAGACGAUGAACUGUUACGAGAAGAAUCUAGCCUUUUUACGAAGAAAUCUGAGACGCUUCGAGAUUUUUAUGCAAAUACCGAAGAAAUAGCACAAGAUAUGAGCGAGUUUUUCUCACAAUCUGAAAACGGAAAGCAAGACGGUUCUAAAAGUUCCUCGUAUUUAGUCGGACAGUUAAAGGGCGAACUUCCAUGCCACAAUUCCUCUGUGCAGUCUCCGCCUUUGACAACAGAGGACUCAACUUCCCAUGAUGCACUGCGCAAAAAGACCAACGGAAGGAAAGCCAUAACGAUUCAGGAGAAGUUUAAGUUCAUGUCUCUGGUGCAGGAGCAGGCCAAACGGGAAGUGAGAGAGAGGGAUUUUCACAAUAAAAGACGUCAUGGCGCUCACUGCUGCAGCCACCAUCCUGGAACGUUUUAUUCUGAAGAGCCAAAGCCGCAGGAGGAGAACGUGCACGACUUUGUGAUGGAAAUUAUGGACCUGACCAACACGAGAAGGAACAGAGACGAGAUGGAGACGAGAGCGGAGACAGUGGGAGCACAUAUAAGAGAGAAGGUGCUGGAGCAUUCUCAUCGCUCGGUUCAGCUCAGAAACGGCGACUUCUACUCGUAUCUGUCUCUGUCCUCUCACGACAGCGACUGUGGAGAGGUGCUGCAGAUGUUAGACCACAAAAACAACUCGUCCUCCAGCAAUUCCCCCACGCCUCGCCUCAGCUCUCCCAGCCCGGAACAUUUUAGGAAAACUACGCCGGAACACUCCCUGACGAUCCAGGAGAGAGAGGGGAAAUCCGACCCCAACCCGAUCCACGCGCUCAGCCCGGAUAUCCGCGAUGAGGAGACACUAUUCCCAGCCUGUACCGAGGAGGUGUAUCUGGGACCUCCGCUCUGCUACAGCCUCUCUGCUCCUAAAAGACAGAAAAGACCCCAACAAAACCAGGAUUCAGGAAGACCAGAGGAAGUACUAGGAGAGUCAGGUCUGAGGUUUGAUUCCGGGAACAUGAGAGGGAAGAGUCCGAGCUACUAUUCAGUCCUGGAGAGAAGAGAGCGAGAAGAGGAGGAGGAGGAGGAGAGAUGGGCUCACCAAACAGGAGCUGGAGACAGGGAGCUGUCAAUCAUCCCGUGCGUCCUGUCUGAGGGCGGAGUCAGAGGAGGGACUCAGCGACGUUUCCCUGGAGAGCCUCAUCCUCCUGGAGACCCGUCCUUAGGGGACCCUGCUGGACCCUCUCCCCACUGAAGAGGCCUGGUUCUGGGCUGCGUGUGAGCGGACACCCCCCUCUCUCUCCUGGAGCUUCUCUCCUUUUCACGCUGCACUUAAACUGGAUUCAAACCAAACUUUAAGAGAACUUUGAGAGAAGAAACAGGUUUGGAAAUCUGGAUGGACAGAAAACUGAAACUAUAACGACAAGCAACUCAUUUAUAUUCAGAUAAUACUGUACAAUUAGAUUUAGCCUCAAAUAUCUUCACAAAUGUACAACAGUAACGUUGAACCAAAUCACAGACAAAUCUGUUUUUUUAUUUUAUUUUUAAAUUAAUUUUCAACCAGUAGGAAUUCAUUUAUUUAGAUUUUGUUACAUUUCACUUAUCGAUAGCACUCAGAGGUUUUACAUGAAGUCUGCAGUUUGAGUCUUGCCUUUAGUAAAACUGAUACUCUGCAGCGAUAUCAGACUGGGGUGUUCUACAUGGAUCUCUAUGGUGGACUCUUCAGCAUAGAGACACAGUGUGUGCAUUUACACUGAAAACUCAAUACAAAUCCCAAAGAAAACUCACCAAAAUUAUGAUCAAACUUCCACUUUUUAAAAAAUUUGAAACAGCCAAAAACAAUAGCAUAAAAUGAAAAAUGUAACAUUUUAGUUUUUGUAUAAAUCCCAAAGUGAUUUAAAGAGCACGUGUUCAAGAGCUCGGGAUCAAUCUGAGUGUUCAUGGUCCUGGAGUUUGAUUUUACACAAAAAGGUGAGAGUGACUAACUGAAAAACUGUUGGCUAAUGCUAGUUAGCUUGUGUCUAAUAUUAUAUGAGAGGGUCUUUUUUAAGCUCAUCUGUUGUUCUUCAGAUGUGUCAGUUCUUUAUGGUCAGAUUGUGCUAAAACAAAGCUCAGAUUAAAGUCUAAUAGAGCUUCAGACAGUGUAGUGCUUACAGUUAGCAUCACACCCCCAGUGAAUGUUGAUGACAUCAGCUGCAAAGUAUCAACAGUAUUUUUCACUCCGUGGGUUAUCAGUCUGGUCACCGCUCCCUCCAUCACCUCGAGUCAGAACCAAACGAGAUCGUCCAAUCAGAUUUGUUUAUUUCAGUGACACACGUGAAACGAAGGAGCUCAUUGGUCGCUCAUCAUUUACAAACAAAAUGCCACUUCUCUCCCUCAGAUGAACAGAGCUUUGUGCUUCGCUCAGUGAUAUUUUCAUUCUUUCUUUUCUCCUCUUACGCAGCCAUGUUUGUUUUGAUACAGACCGUGCUUGUCCCUGAUUGGCUCACACACCUGUCAAUCACGCCCAUCUGAGAAAUGUGUGUUUUGGAUCCCAGGCAAGUUUGAAACAAAAAUGCUAAACGAAAUGAUUUGAAUUCAGAAAUGAGCACUAAGUUAUUUUAAGUGUGUAUUUUGUAUGGCUUUUUUUAUAUAGUUUUUAAUUUAUUCUUAUUAUAAAGUUGAGUUAUGUUUAAGUCUGGACGUGUGGUGCUGCGGAUGCGGUUGAGUAGGUUUCACAUUAUUUAUUUUAUUAUUAUGCAAUUUUAGGUUUUAAAAUGUAGGAUAUUUAACUGUUUAAUGAUAUUUGGCUUUUUUAUUUUUUAUACUUUUCACUAUAGUUUUUAUGAAUUUGAAGAGAUGUUGACAGUUUUGAUAAAGGCCCCAUGAGGAAAAGGCUAAAUCAUUACACAAUUCUACACGUGCGUCAUUUUUAUUAUAUUUUUAAAUUUGUACAUAGCGUCGCAAAAUUUGACGAAAAUAAAUAAAAUAAAAAAUCACCAAAUUUAUGAUCAAACUUCCACUUUUUGAAAAAUUUGAAACAGCCACAAAUAAUAG